AUGGUUUCAACAAGUCAUAGUCCCAUAGAAGCCGAAAGCGGACCAAUCGCAGCUGGACAUUUUCAGUUCAUCUCGUAUCAAGCUCCAGAUGUCGCCAGGGAUAAAAUCACAAUGCGUCAAGCCCGAUCACAUGCAGUGAAGCAAGCGCUCGAGAGCAAACGAAAGAUUCAGCAAGAGUCGGGGGAUAAUUUUUGUGUAACGACCUCGAGAGACAAGCCCAGGAGGGUGGUGGGCAAAGGCGCAAGGCGCGCCGGAACUUUAGCCGCGACGUCGCUCUUCUCUCUUUCUUCAGGCACGCUCGAUCCGUUCCAAUCGCUUGCGGUGGAUUCGUCAAGACUACAGACACUGAUUGGAGACUGCUGGCUUAUAAUCAACGGUCUAGAUAGAGCUAGACAAGCCCCCGAGCCGGUCUUCAGUGUAGCGGAAGACCUUGCGUUCCAGAACUUCCGCUCGGUUUUCCGCACUGGCUUGGUUGAUCCCGCGCUCUUAAAUGCCGUUAUGCUCUCACUUGCAUUCGCGGCUACCGCGGGCGGUAUCAUUACCCUUGAUCGGGAGUGUCUUGGGUACCAGGGUCAGGCAAUCAGUUAUAUUCGUGAGAGGAUGGGUUCCCUGGAUGAGGCUAAUUCGGCAUCGACCAUUGGAGCUAUUUUGCUGCUAGCUGGAGUUGAGGCUCGCCUUGGGAUGACGUCUCAGGUCCAACUUCAUAUGGGGGCAGUGAAGAUGCUCCUUGAUAUGUGUCGAACAAAGGGCAUUUACCUCACUGGCGGCAUUAAACGGGCCAUAUUUUGGCAAGACCUUAAUUCCUCCAUUCUAGCGGGAUCUACUCGUGUAGUCGAUCACACGACAUUCGCGGAGCUCCAAUGGACAAGAGAUCCCUUCUCCCCCUUCUUCUUCCAACUGCCCCCGGGAUUCCAGACGCAGUCCCAUAUGCUCACCAAAGAGUUCAUUGAAGUGCUUGAAGAUAUACACGCUUUGCAAUGCAUCCGUGCCGUCCCCUGUCCUGCAAAGUGCAAUGCCAUGCUAAUGGAAAAUAUCAAUAAUCACACUGCUUCUAUGCAAUCUAGGCUUGUGGCCUUGCCGAAUCUCUCGCCUGUCCUGGAGUGCUGUCGUCUUGCGGCAUAUCUAUGCUCUGUUAUGCUAUGCUGCACUACUUGGUGCGCUUUAGUCAUUCCUUCCCAUAUCUCCUCACAAUUACUUCACGAGUUACAACAGGCGAACAAUGACCCCUUAUGGGAUGAUAACCCUAAUUUACUACUCUGGCUCCUGUAUAUUGGCGGCGCAUUCGCUCCCACAGGAGCCGUACGCUCGGCAUAUGUCGUACUCCUGCGUGCGAACAACACUGCUAGGUUCAAAGACUUGUACAGAUCAUGGCCGGAACUGCUGGCAAUAUUAGAGGGGUAUAUAUGGUCAGAGAAAGCGUUUAUGGCGCAGGUUAAGGCGCUCUGGGAGGAAACUAUAGCGAUAUAG